AUGGAUACUUUAAAUCACAACAAACCCAUGGUUCUGUUGUCGCUUAGGUUGUUAGCCUUUAGCUUUAGCCUUUGUAUAGUUUCUGUUUUAGGACAGCUUCAAACGUUUGAGCAUCCCACAAAAGGUGAUGGAACUCUUAGCUUCCUUGUUCUUGGAGAUUGGGGAAGAAGUGGUGAAUAUAACCAAUCCGAAGUUGCCAUUCAGAUGGGAAUUGUUGGAGAGAAUUUAGAUAUAGAUUUUGUAGUUUCAACAGGGGACAAUUUUUAUGAUAGUGGAUUAACAGGGGAGCAUGAUCCUGCAUUUGUUAAUUCUUUCGUCAAUAUUUACACAGCAAAAAGCCUCCAAAAGCAAUGGUAUAGUGUUUUAGGGAAUCAUGAUUACAGGGGUGAUGUAGAAGCACAAUUGAGCCCUUUACUCCGGAAAAUUGAUAGCAGAUGGCUUUGUUUGAGGUCAUUCGUGGUAAAUGCAGAAAUUGCUGAUUUGUUCUUUGUGGACACCACUCCUUUUGUGAGGAAUUACUUCGAUGAGCCGGAGCACGGGUAUGAUUGGACGGGUGUCAAUCCUGUGGCCACUUACACUUCAAUCGUAUUGGAGGAUCUCGAGUCCGCACUGAAAAGUUCAACAGCAAAGUGGAAGAUUGUUGUGGGACAUCAUGCUGUUAGGAGUGUUGGUCAUCAUGGUGAUACCCAAGAACUUGUAGAAAAGCUUCUUCCACUUCUCCAGGCCUAUAGUGUUGACUUUUAUAUGAAUGGACAUGACCACUGCCUGGAACAAAUCAGUGAUGACAAAAGCCCAUUACAAUUCCUAACCAGUGGAGCUGGAUCCAAGGCUUGGAGAGGUGAUGUGAAGGAACUAAACAGUGAAGGCCUGAAAUUUUUCUAUGAUGGACAAGGUUUCAUGUCUGUGAGGCUAACCCAAACUGAUGCAGAGACCGUAUUCUAUGAUGUUUUUGGAGAAGUUUUGCACAAAUGGACCGUAUCUAAGCAGCUACACUCCUCUAUUUGA